AAUAUGUCCGAGGGAGUGGAUCUGAUCGAUAUAUACGCCGACGAGGAGUUCAACCAGGACUCUGAAUUCAGUAAUGCUGAUCAGAUGGAUCUGUACGACGACGUGUUAGCAGCCAGCUCGCAGCCCGCCGAAAGCCGCACCAGCAGCUCGGAGCCGCCCCCGGAGAUCCGCCAGGAGCCGUCCCCCAAGCCCAACAGCAAAUCUCCCGCCAUCCUGUACACGUACAGCGGGCUGCGCAACAAGAGAGCUGCCGUCUACGUGGGCAGCUUCUCCUGGUGGACAACUGACCAACAGCUGAUCCAGACCAUCCGCUCGGUCGGUGUCUACGACGUAGUGGAGCUGAAAUUCGCAGAGAACCGAGCCAAUGGCCAGUCGAAAGGGUACGCAGAGGUGGUUGUCGCCUCUGAGAACUCAGUCCACAAACUCCUGGAGCUCCUGCCCGGCAAAAUCCUCAACGGGGACAAGGUGGAGGUGAGGCUGGCAACCCGGCAGAACCUGUCACAGUUCGAGGCGCAGGCUCGCAAACGUGUGCCACCGAGGGCUCACUCCCGGGACUCCGUGGACUCGUUGGACGGCCGCGCCACGCCGACGGAGAAUGCUUUGCCACCCGCCCGCUUGGAGAAACCCCCCUCCGUCCUGCCUUUUUUCAACCGCCCCCCCGCCGCCGUGCCACCCCCGGGGGCUGUCCCCCCUGCCCUGCACCUCAAUCCUGCCUUCUUCCCCCCACCCAACGCGGCCCUGGGUCCUCCACCGGACACCUACGGCAAGGCCAUGGCCCCCUACAACCACAGCAGCCGGGAGCUCGGCCCACCACCUCCCCCUGUGAGCGAAGUGGAGUUUGAGGAGAUCAUGAACAGGAACCGGGCGAUUUCCAGCAGCGCUAUUUCCAAGGCAGUGUCCGGUGCCAGCGCAGGCGAUUACAGCGACGCCAUCGAGACCCUCCUCACGGCCAUCGCCGUCAUCAAACAGUCCCGCGUCGCCAAUGACGAGCGCUGCCGCGUCCUCCUCUCGUCCCUCAAAGACUGUCUGCACGGCAUCGAAGCCAAAUCCUACAGCACGAGCGCCAGCAGCAGCUCCUCCAGGAAAAGACACCGAUCUCGGGAGCGCUCUCCCAGCCGGUCCCGCGAAAGCAGCCGGCGACACCGGGACCUUCUCCACAGCGAGGAUCGGCACGAGGACUAUUUCCAGGAGCGGAACCGGGAGCAUGAGCGACAUCGGGACAGGGACAGAGAGAGGGACCGGCACCACUGA